UUCUCCACCAGGCUUCAAACACGCUGCAGGAUGUCUAUAGUGAAUAUUGUUGCCAGGGAGAUCCUAGACUCCAGGGGAAAUCCAACUGUGGAAGUAGAUCUGCAUACUGGCAAAGGUCUGUUCAGGGCUGCUGUGCCCAGCGGCGCAUCCACUGGCAUCUACGAGGCUCUGGAGCUCCGGGAUGGAGACAAGACUCGCUACAAGGGCAAAGGUGUAACCAAAGCUGUUGGUCACAUAAAUGACACUCUUGGACCUGCCCUCAUUCAGUCUGGAAUCAGCGUGUUGGAGCAGGACAAACUGGACAGCAUGAUGAUCGAACUGGACGGCACCGACAACAAAUCUAAGUUUGGGGCCAAUUCUAUUCUUGGAGUAUCACUGGCCAUAUGCAAAGCUGGCGCAGCAGAGAAAGGUGUCCCCCUGUACCGUCACAUUGCUGACCUAGCAGGAAACAGAGAGUUGGUCCUCCCAGUUCCUGCUUUUAAUGUGAUCAACGGUGGUUCCCACGCCGGUAACAGGCUGGCUAUGCAGGAGUUCAUGGUACUUCCUGUAGGGGCGGAGUCUUUCCGUGAUGCUCUGCGUGUGGGGGCAGAGCUCUACCAGACACUGAGGGGUGUCAUCAAGGAGAAAUAUGGUCAGGAUGCUACAAAUGUGGGAGAUGAAGGAGGGUUUGCCCCUAAUAUACAAGAGAACAGUGAAGCCCUGGAGCUGAUAAAGACGGCUAUUGAGAAGGCUGGAUUCACAGACAAAGUGGUGAUAGGGAUGGAUGUCGCUGCUUCAGAGUUUUUCAUUGAGGGCAAGUACGACCUGGACUUUAAGUCUCCGCCCAACGCGGCCCGCAACAUCAGUGCUGUCGAGCUGGCCGGCAUCUACCAGGGCUUCAUUAACAACUACCCAGUGGUGUCUAUCGAGGAUCCUUUUGACCAGGACGACUGGCCUGCUUGGUCACAGUUCACAGCCUCAGUGGGCAUCCAGGUGGUUGGAGACGAUCUGACGGUCACUAACCCACGCAGGAUACAGCGCGCCGUGGAGGACAAGGCCUGCAACUGCCUGCUGCUCAAAGUCAAUCAGAUUGGCUCUGUUAUGGAGGCCAUCAAGGCGUGUAAGCUGGCCCAGGAGAACGGCUGGGGUGUGAUGGUGAGCCACCGCUCAGGAGAAACAGAGGACACUUUUAUAGCUGACCUGGUGGUUGGUCUCUGCACUGGACAGAUCAAGACUGGAGCUCCCUGUCGAUCAGAACGUCUGGCCAAAUACAACCAGCUCAUGAGGAUCGAGGAAGAGUUGGGUGACCAGGCCCGCUUUGCUGGGCACAACUUUCGCAACCCCAGUGCCCUUUGAGUGCCAGCACCGGUAGCAGUGGCACAAAAAAAACACAAGAAUUAAGAAUAUAUACAAAUCAUGUAAUAUUUCCCUGACACACACAUAGUAAUGAAAUAAUGACACUUGUUUCAGUAAAGCUGUAAACACACUAAAACACACUUAAAAGCAUUUAGACCAAUUAGUUUUAAAAUAACUAAAAAUGCAGAUAAUGCACUGUAGCUGUUGACCUGGCGCUUCAGCGAGUGAGUGACUUAAUUGACUACAGCUGGUUGCAGCAAAGCCUGAGCAAAGCCUGGAGGAAAGAUCAGUGUUUCACCUCUCAGCAGAUGAGCACCUCCCCUGAUGCACUUGUUAGUUUCUUCCUCUUUCCUGAUCCCUCUGGCUGUCUCCUUCUGUCCCACUGCAGAAGUGUUUGGAUAUUUCGUGCCCUGUCGUUUCCUCUUACUCCUGUUCCUCAUGUUGUUUUUGAUGUGAACACUCCGCAGCUUGCCACACAAUUGCAUCUGUUACUUUGUCUGUCUGAGGCUAAGCUUAAUAAA